GUUUUGAACACUCGCAAGAAAACGAGUCUAACUAGCUUUGUCUAUUGACUUACUGUACACACUGUACUUGACCUGCGCUUGACAUACAGAAUCCUGCUGAAACACGAGGUUAGGCGUGCAAUCCAAACCCAUCUUGUACUCCUGGUUUAGCCGCACUGCUGGUGUGAUGUCAUGAGUGCCGUAGCCAGAAAGUCAGGUGUUGCCAAUAGCAACACACCUUUUCCAUGCUGAGCCCCUGUUCUGCUUCAGAUCUAAGCACGAAUUGAAUGGUUUUGACAUAAUGACAGCUGAAGAUUCCACUGUCACCAAGAGCAACAGUUCCUCCAACAUGUCAGCAUCCAAUGUCCCAGAAGGAGUAGCGGGAGCCCCCAAUGAGACCGCACUGCUGGCCCUGAUGCAGCAUUCGGGAUACGGAAUGAUCCAAGAGAAUGGACAGCGCAAGUACGGCCCACCACCUGGCUGGGAAGGCCCCUCACCUCCCCGUGGCUGUGAGGUCUUUGUGGGGAAGAUCCCUCGAGAUGUAUAUGAGGAUGAGUUGGUCCCUGCGUUUGAGACUGUGGGGCGUAUCUACGAAAUGCGAUUGAUGAUGGACUUUGACGGGAAGAACCGGGGAUAUGCUUUUGUCAUGUACACGAAGAAGCAUGAAGCCAAGCGAGCUGUCAGAGAGCUCAACAACUACGAAAUCCGCCCAGGCCGGCUCCUUGGGGUCUGCUGCAGUGUGGACAACUGCAGACUCUUUAUUGGGGGCAUUCCCAAGAUGAGGAAGCGGGAGGAGAUCCUGGAAGAGAUCUCCAAAGUGACAGAAGGCGUGUUGGACGUGAUUGUUUAUGCCAGUGCUGCUGACAAAAUGAAGAACCGGGGCUUUGCUUUCGUGGAGUAUGAGAGCCAUCGUGCCGCUGCCAUGGCCAGGAGGAAGCUGAUGCCCGGCAGGAUCCAGCUCUGGGGGCACCAGAUCGCAGUGGACUGGGCAGAACCUGAGAUUGAUGUGGACGAAGACGUCAUGGAAACAGUCAAGAUCCUCUAUGUUCGCAACCUGAUGAUAGAAACAGCAGAAGAGACCAUCAGGAGCAUCUUUAGCCAGUUCAACCCAGGCUGUGUGGAGCGGGUUAAAAAGAUCCGAGACUAUGCCUUUGUGCAUUUCACCAGCAGGGAUGAUGCUGUGAACGCUAUGAAUAACCUGAAUGGGGCUGAUCUUGAAGGGUCCUGUAUAGAGGUUACCUUGGCCAAGCCGGUAGACAAAGAGCAGUACACCCGGUACCAGAAAGCAUCAAAAGGAGCAGCACCAACACCAGCACCAGAGACACCGCAACCAAACUACGUUUACCAGUGCGACCCCUACACAUUGGCGUAUUAUGGGUAUCCCUACAAUGCACUGAUUGGUCCCAACAGAGAAUACUUUAUUAAAGCAGGUACUGUAAGGGGUCGUGGGCGAGGGGCGGCUGGGAAUAGGUCCCUGGGUCCCAGAGGCUCCUACCUGGGUGGAUACUCUGCAGGUCGUGGCAUCUACAGCAGAUACCAUGAAGGGAAGGGCAAGCAGCAGGAAAAAGCCUAUGAACUGAUACCCAACUUGGAGCUGACUGCAGUCAACCCAGUGGGCAUGAAACCCGGCACAAUGGCCAUCCCUGGGUUGAGUGGCCAGUAUUCCGUGUUUUCAGCUGGUCCAGCACCUAAGCUAAUGGAGGACUGCAAGAUGCACACAAUAGAGCAUCUAAUCAAUCCUCUUGCAGUCCAGCACGAUCCCUCAUGUGGUGCUACAGCAACAGCGAUCCUCCCUGCUGUAUCCACGCCCCCUCCAUUCCAGGGUCGACCCAUUACUCCAGUGUACACGAUGGCCCACAAUGUUCAAAGAAUUCCUGCUGGCAGUCUCUAUGGUACAAGUUACCUCCCCAUAGCAAACCCGGGAGCAUCAGCCACCCUCGCAGCGCUACAGAAGAACGCGGCUGCAGCUGCAGCGGCCGCUGCCUACGGAGGCUAUGGCAGCUAUACCAGCUACAUGCCACAGGCUUUCCCUACAGCUACCUUUCAGGUCCCUAUACACGAUGUCUACCAGACAUACUAAACACUCGCACAGGAAACGCUGAAGGGACACUUUAGUAUUUAUGAAGAGAGAGCCCCGCGAUGAAUGUUUUUUUUUUUUUAAAUAAAGACUCCAAGAAACUUCCAACUGGAAAUGAAAGUGAAGACUUGAAUAAUAUUGUGCUUGCAUGAACAUAUAUAGAAAAUAUAUAUUUCAAGGAUAUACUUAAGGUUAACGUAUUCAUAUUAGAACUAUUAAUAUAAGUGAAAUGCCAUUUUAUUUGACAGUUAUUGAUGACUUACCGUCCAUAGCUGUAAGUGUAUAGGUUAUUCUUAUUAUCUGAAGGUGUUUAGUAGGAAAGUGUAUCUGCACUCCAGCUACUGUCUCUAUUAUAUACACAGUAGUGCCUUUUAUAAAACUCCAGCUUCUUAAAAAGCAGUUUGACUAAGAAAAAAAAACUGUUCUCAUUGCUCCAGAAAGUUAAGAUUUACUAAACUAAUCUAUUAGUUUUUAGAACUAUAAUACUAAAAAAAAAAAAAAAAGGGGGGGGGGGGGGGUUUUGGGAGGCUUU